AUGAAAUUCGUCAAAAUAAUUUUCUUCAUCUCUCUUAUCUGUGCCUCUUAUGCAAAGAUAAAAGUACCCGCUGAAGCCUGCGUUUCCAAAAUCGUGAAUGGGAAACUCGUUCAAGUUGGAGAUUGCGAGAAAAACGAUGGAUCCGAUAUUGCCAGACUGAUCAAGAAGAGUCGUGAUGAAAAAGAAAAAGCUGAAAAUAAGUGUGGCUUCACAUACAAAGCAAAAUGCUACCGAGCAGUUGUGUAUGCUGCAUGGAACGUCACCUUCAACGUGGCCGAACUAAUCUGCAAAUCGAUAAACGGCAAACUCGCAAAUAUUUACGACCUCAAGCAUUGCCAGCUGCUGCUCCCUUAUGUACGUUCACUGAUUCCUGCUGGUUACAUAUUUACAUAUAUUCACAUCUGGGCUGGGAUGGAGUAUAAGAACAAGCAGCUUUUGCUGUCCAAUGGAACCCUAAUCACUAUAGCAACUGAAGUGUGGUAUCCUAGUACUCCGGUAUCUGAUGUAUCUCGCACAAACGUUGCUAUUCUUGUCGAUAAAGAUCCAGAGGAUAUAGUACAGGGAAUGUCCAAUAAUCAACCAUGGUUUACAACCAACGGUGCCAUCUGUGAAAUAUAAAACCAGCUCAAAACCUGACAGAACUUCGUUGACGGACUAAAUGAUAUAAAAGUCAAAAACAAUUAAACAACUCGAAUUUUAGUAUU